AUGACAGUUGGAUUACAUUGCCUUGCGGAUGUUUGUAUGAUCCCAGUAAGUAGAAGAUAAAUACGAAGAGCAAUCACGACAAUUCCGGAUUAGAUCAUUAGCAUACUAACAUGACAUGAUAGAUCGGGACCAGCAGUGCUUCUGUAUCGAAUGAAGUUACGACGAUUACUAAAAUGGCCAGGGAAUCACACCUUAACUGUACGUUACACAGUGCUGGCACGACAAUUGCUGGACCUUGGAGUGAGGUGAUGGAGUUAAUUGGGCAGAUGCAUGAAACUUUGCAUAAGAAUGGGGUUGUUAGAAUCCAGAGUGACAUAAGAGUUGGGUCUAGAGUGGAUAAGAAGCAAUCACCCCAGGAUAAGAUCGACGUAGUUGAGUCUAAGUUGAAACAUUUGAAUGGGGAAUGA